ACUAGUUCAAAAUAGGAUACGUCAGUUACUCGUUUCAAACUAACUUCUGUGGUGACCUUAAAUAUAUACUCAACAACAGAGGACUAUUGCCAAUUAUAAUUCUACAAGUGACUGGAAACACGUACAUAUUUUGAUUAGGAAGUAGGAUAAAGCUGUCCAAUUACGGUUAGCAGAUGCUGAAUACCCGUUGAAAAGAAGAAAAUAUUAACUGACACGAUGUUCCGGGACAUACCAGUAUUUGUUGUAAUGGUGCUAUUGACCACUCUGGUCCAAAUGUCGACUGCUAGACACAAAAGAGACAAUAAUCCAGAUUUACUGAAAUUGGGUCAGUGUCCGACAUUUGACGAAGGCACGAAAGGUGUAUGCAGAGAGCUGUGUACAAUUUUAGAUGAUACGACCUGCCCCGGUGAUCAGAAAUGCUGUGACAAUGGGUGUGGCCACACAUGUCAUGAACCUAUUAGCUCACAGCACGUCGUGAAACAAGGGGACUGUCCACCUGUGGCGGCAGAGGGGGCAAUUUGCACCAAAGAAUGCGACGAUGAUGGCGAAUGCCCGGGAAGAGACAAGUGCUGUAACAACGGCUGCGGCAACCAAUGUAUGUUUCCGCUCAACAUCCGACCGAAAGAAGGAAGAUGCCCGGUGUUCAACAAAGGAGGGAGAUGCGGUGUCGAGAAUUGUACGCACGACUACGAUUGCCAGGGUAAAAAGAAAUGUUGCAACAAUGGUUGUGGACAGGUCUGCGCUGACCCUGCGUUAGAUGUGGAUGACUUAGAUGGCCGUCGACCGAAUGAUUGUCCAUUGAUACAUGUCAACGAGGCAAUACUUGGCACAUGCUUUGAUCUAUGUAAGCAUGAUGAUCACUGUCAAGUAGGACAACGUUGUUGUAGUAACGGAUGUGGUCUAGUUUGCGUUGAUGUGCUUUCAGUAUCAAACGAUGUCAAUCAAACAACAGGACUCUGCAACGCUGGAUGGAUACAACACGACAGGUCAUGUUACAUGCUUGAAGUCUUCAAACAUGAAUAUUCAUUAGCUGCAUCCGAGUGUGUAAUACGUCAUCCGUUCGGCCAUCUUGCUGAUUUCCAAGACGAGGAUGAAUUCCAUUGGGCAAAUAAUGUUAUCAGAAACGACAAAGGUUUUGAUGAAUCGGCGAGUAUCUGGGUCGGCUUACAUCAAAAUGACCAUGGUGACUGGAUGUGGUCUGAUGGAACCCUUUUAGACUAUGACCUCUGGAUUUAUGGUGAACCAAAUUUCGACAGUGUGUGUGGAGCAACAAAACAAAAUGGUCUGCUUGAUGACCUCUGUAUAAACAACAAUCGGUUCAUGUGCGAGUAUGAAUUAGAUAACCCACCAUCAAUUGUACCAGUUUUAAGAGAGGUUGUUGACAAUUCUGUGCAGAACACUGUGGUGUUAUUACAUCAACUUGAUGAAGCUGUUAUAGUUGUUAUUGUUUUAGCAGUAAUGGUUGCUUUGGGGGCGAUAAUAGGCUCUGUGAUCUAUUUUAUCAAAGCCAAACCAAGUGUCAAUCCAAUCGUGCGAAGACGAAGGGGAUACGACGACCAUGAAAAGAUGAUGAAUGAUGUGGCACCUGACGUGUUUGCAUUAUAAAUCAUAGUUCACAGCCUUAUGUAAAUUUAAUUUAUAUUUCUGUCUUUCUACUUCUCACUACAUCCC